AUGAUGGCUGAGUUGAUGGGCAAGGCCACCGGGUGCAGCAAGGGCAAAGGCGGCUCCAUGCACAUGUUCAGUUCCGAGCUGAACUUCAUGGGCGGCUACGCCAUCGUGGGCGGACAGAUGCCCAUUGCCGCCGGUAUCGCGCUGGCGGUGCAAUAUCGCGGCGGCGAUCAGGUGGCGUUGUGCUUCUUCGGGGACGGCGCCGUCAACGAGGGCGAAUUCCACGAGGCAAUGAACCUGGCGGCCAUCUGGAAACUGCCGGUGAUUUUCUUCUGCGAACACAACCUCUACGGCAUGGGCGCUUCGUCCCAGGAAACCCUGGUGAUGUGGGAUUCGCUGCACGAAAUGGCCGCCGCCUACGGGAUGGCGCGCUACGAGGUGGACGGGAACGACGUGAUCGCCGUGCGCAGUUUGAUGCAAAAGGUGAACGCGGAAGUCAGGGCGGGCACCGGGCCGGCGUUCAUCGUAGCCAAAACCUAUCGACUGCGCGGACAUUCGGUCGCCGACCCGGCCAACUAUCGGCCCGAUGCCGAGGUAGAAUACUGGAUGUCCCGCGACCCAAUUCCCCGCUUUCGCGACUGGCUAACCGAGGAAGGCAUCGCCACCGUCGAGGACUUUGAAGAAAUCGACGCCAGCGUUGAGGAGGAAGUCGUCCAGGCCGCGGAAUUCGGUGAAUUAUCUCCCUGGCCGGCCCCUGAAGCGCUGUACGAAGGCGUUUACGCCGACCGACCGACCGAAGGUAUUCCUGCGUAA